CAUACAUAUUAAACAUAUCCCAAUUUCCAUAAGUUAUAUUCCGUACCCAAAUAAAUACAUUGUAAACACACUAUAAUAAUAGAAUAGAACUUUCCUAUACAUUCCUAUACAUAUUAAACAUAUCUUACUUUCCAGAUAGCACCUUUUUUGUACCUACCCCAUAUUGUUGGGAUGACGCUUAGCGAUCUUUUGAAAACGUGUCUGAAGAAUUCAGUUAAUAAAAGAUUUAUUAAAAAAGAAAAUUAAUUUUUAUUCCAUUUUUAAAUCAUUGAGUACGAUUGGGUACGAAAACGUAAGUGGCGCAGUCGGCAAACGAACCGAAAAAGUCCGUGACUAGAGAAAAAAAAAAAAACUAUAAUUUCUAAGUCAAUUAAAAAAAAAAAAAAAUACAUACACACCAUAUAUCAAUAAAUGACGCACAAAUUUGAUGUAAACAGAAAUAUGGACAAUGAACAAAUUGAAGAGCUUCAACUGAUAAUCAGUCAACAAGAAGCCAUUAUUGAUCAACAGCGGCUAAAACUUCAAGAGCUUGAUAAUACAGUCAAGACUCAAGCAUACCAUAUACAAAGCCAAGGUGCUACAACAGCAGCAAUGCAGGAUUUAGUACAACAACAAUAUUUAUCUCUAAAUAAUAGAGACAAAUUACAACAGUUCCGCCACUUGAAACCGUUGGAAGGAACAAGCCAUCUAAUGCAGUUUACAAAAUCCGUGGAGAGAACAUUAGGCUUAUGUUCUGACGAUGCAGCUGUACAGGAGUUUGGACUACAAAUAAUAAUCCAGGAAAAAAUAUGCGGUGAUGCAGCUAAAUGUCUCCGUGAAGUAAGGGAAAACGCUACUUGGGAGGAAAUAAAAAAGAAAUUGAAGGAACAUCUUCAUCCAAGGACAACGUAUGGCGAAAUAUAUAAUAAGUGUAGAUAUAUCAAAACAUGGAAAACGAGGAACAUGCAAUUAAACAAAUUGCACUCUACCAUACCAAGGAAUCUGGGCAUGCUGGCAUCGUAGCAAGCUAUCAAAGUCUGAAACACGUAAUAUAUUUUCCAAAUUUACUUUAUAUAAUACAUAAAGUAAUUAAUAAUUGUGAAAGAUGUAGCGCGGCAAAAUAUGACCGUAAUCCGAUCAGGAAAAAAUUUCGUACAACAGAAACACCAUCAACCAUUCACGAAAUCGUUCAUGUAGAUACAUAUAUUAAUCCUAAACAAGCUUUUAUAAUGUUUUUAGAUAAAUUUUCUAAACACGCAGUCAGCUUCUACUUAGAGGACAGAAACAGUGUAACCCUGGUAGAAAAAUUGCGUUUAUACUUAUCUCUUUCUGGAAAAAUAAAUAAAUUUGUUUUUGAUAAUGAAUUUAAUAAUACAAAUGUUAAGCAAUUCUGCAAAGAACAAGAAAUUCAAACACAUUUCACUAAGCCUAACAGUCACACAGGUAACUCAGAUGUAGAACGUCUCAAUAAUACAAUUACAGAAAAGAUCAGAACACAAAAUUUAGAAGAAAAACUCCCUAUCAAGGAAUAAAUGUCGAAGGUAAUUCAAUUAUAUAAUCACACUUUUCACUCCACUAUCAAAGAUACGCCCCAUAAUGUCCAUUAUAAUAAUGCGAAUAAAGACUUAAUAAAACAGCGAAUUAAAUUACAGAAGGAAGCAAGGAACAAUAAACUUAAUACAAAAAGUGAAGACUAUAUUGAAAACAGGAAAAUAGGUUUUGUAAAAAAUUAUGCUAAUGUACGACACAAAGAACAACCUAAGUUUAGGAAGCUCAAAUUAGAUAACAUUCACGAGUCGAACAUUAAAAGACCACUUAAAUUGGCAGACUCUUCUACAAAUUAUUUCACUGAUAAUUACUAACACCGACAGGACUGAACUUUGUCUUGAACUUGAAUCUUUAUCUAUAUUACAAUGUCAUUUAUAUUAUAACAUAAGCGUAUAAGCGUUAGUAGUUUAGUACAACUAU